AUAAAUUAAGUCUAGUGUUUUUAUUAUAAGUAUAUAAUAAUGAUAAGUGCAAGAGAUUAGUAAUUGUAUGAUCGAAGUGAUUCAUUCUAUGAUCAAUCACCAUGACUAGAUUUGAAGUAGUUUUCGUGUCUACACCAGCCAUGGGACAUAUUGUUUCUACCGUGGAAUUUGCUAACUACAUAACCAAAAACCACCCUGAAAUCUCUACAACCAUUCUCAUCAUCACUAUGCCACACACAUCACUUGUCAACACCUAUACUCAAUCACGUGCUUCCACCGACACAAAUCUCCGUUUCAUAUAUCUCCCUACAGUAGACCCGCCCACACCGGAUCAGUACCAAUCUUUGAACGGUUUCCUCUCCCUCCUUAUACAAAACCAUAAAAACAACAUUAAAAAUGCUCUCCUCGACAUUAUGAUAACUGAGUCAACUUCUGAGUCAGUUAAACUCGCUGCUUUAUUCAUCGAUUUGUUCUCCACCACUAUCAUCGACGUCGCUGAGGAACUCUCAGUUCCUUGCUACCUCUUGUUCGCGUCGCCGGCGAGUUUCCUCGGAUUCAUGCUCCACCUUCCCCAAGUCGAAUCAAUUGAAUCGGACACUGAGUUCGAAAUCCCGAGUUUCAAGAAUAAGCUUCCGCGACUCGUUUUGCCUAACUUGGCGUUGAACUGGAAAACCGAAGAUGGUUAUUCGUGGUUUUCAUACCAUGGAAGAAGGUACAGAGAAACCAAGGGUAUUAUCGUAAAUACAUUACAAGAGCUUGAACCUCACGCUCUUCAAUCACUUCACAAUGAUUUGCAGCUUCCGCCUGUUUACUCAAUUGGGCCGAUUGUUGACCAUGUUGGACCGGUUCAAUGGGACCCGAACCCGGCUCAAUAUGAUUACAUCAUGAAGUGGUUGGAUAUGCAGCCUCUUGCGUCUGUGGUUUUUCUUUGCUUUGGUAGUAUGGGAAGUCUCGAAGCAAAACAGGUAGAGCAGAUUGCUAUUGGGCUUGAACGGGUUGGGGUUAGAUUUUUGUGGGCUUUACGGGAACCGCCCAAGACCCGAUUGGAGGGCCCAAGAAAUUACACGAGUCAUGAGGAUGUUCUACCAGUUGGGUUUUUGAAACGCACAGCGGAGAUGGGUAUAGUGUGUGGGUGGGUCCCACAAGUGAAGGUGUUGGCCCACAAGGCGGUGGGUGGAUUCGUGUCGCAUUGUGGUUGGAACUCUAUAUUGGAGAGUCUAUGGUAUGGCGUGCCAAUUGCCACGUGGCCAAUAUAUGCUGAGCAACAAAUGAAUGCUUUCCAAAUGGUUAAAGAAUUGGGUUUAGCGGUAGAGAUUAGGAUGGAUUAUAGAAGGGGUGGGGAUCUGGUGGUGCAGGCUGAAGAAGUUGAGAAUGGUAUUAGUACUUUGAUGAAUGGUAGUGAUGAGAUUAGGAGGAAGGUUAAGGAUAUGAGUGAAAAGUGUAGAGUAGCCUUGAUGGAGAAUGGCUCAUCCUAUACUAACCUUCUAUCCUUCAUUCAUCAAUUAACAAAAUGAAUAUCAUAUUUCAAAUGAAUAAAAUAAGCUUUUAAAAAGUGUUAGUUUUA